GACACUUUUUUUGUAAACUGCUGUAAAAUUCGUUAUUUGACUUUUUGUUUGUGUAGAAGAGUGUUUCGCUAUGCAAUCGAAAUUAUUCAACUGCAGGUAGUAGACAUUGCACAUUCGAAUUUGUUUUGAGUUAUUUUUAUUUGGUAGCGAUUUAUAUUACACCUAACACCAGGCACAGUUCCUACAUCUAGUGUCUUAAACUACAAACAAAAAUUACUGCCCUACAGCAAUGACUUCAACAAUAGACGAACCGUCAAUAAACAAUGUACUAUUGCCGGCCCUCGAAUCGCUACAAAUCGAUCGCUCCAAAUCACGAACCUCAAGCAUCUGCUCAAACGAUGAUAGUAUAUGCAGCCUAGAGAUCGUCGAACCCGGUGCAUAUCAAAUAACAUCCGACGAAUUGCCCAUAUUUUCCAUCAGUUCGAUGUCGCCGACCAGUCGUUCAUUGUCGCCCGUGAUGGCCGAUCAGAUGUGCAUCUCUCCGGUUGAUUUUUCCGAUUUCGAUGAUGAAGACGAAGAAUGCAGCGACGAUCUGUCGACGGAUAAUCCAGACCGUAUGUUGUUGAACGACAUUCAUGCCUUGAUCGGAACGCCCGACGAAAAGAACGACCGACGACUGUUAAAUUUGGAGACGAUAUUCGAGGACGUGUUCCUAGAGACGCCGCCCAAACGGAAACAGUUGACUCCACAGCAAUACGAGCGAAAGCGUUACUCGUUCGAAAGCAUUAGCAGAUACGUGAAAGAUCAGCAAAAGUUUGAAUAUUGUAGCGGAGACUAUGAGGCCUUAAGUGUUAACAGUGAGUGCACGAAUAUGGAACAAAACAAACCGGAUUUAUAAUGUAUGGAUCGGCGAAUCCAGUUGCAUUUACGAUUUACUGUUAAGAUAUUACUAUAAGUGAAGAAUAUAAUACGUGAAAAUUGGGACCACCCCGAGACAAGUACAAGAAAUAUAUUUUCCCGAAAUUUUUAUACUUGA